UGGAGUGUGGGCGAGACAAAAAUGACAAAAAACGAGCAUCACAUUGUGCAGUGCGUAGGGGCGACCCAUUGACUGGCCUGCAACACUGCGAUGGAGCGGCUCUGCAUCGCCGUGGCAACAUGUGUGCUCGUGUCCUGCACUGUCAAAGGCAAUGACUGGUGGUGGGAGUAUGAGCAGGGGAUACGACACUACAGCAAGGAGGCCCUCACCAAGGAGUUUCCGGAGAAAACUCGACCAGUGAGCUUCAAGCAUCCUGUGUUCCAGUGCCCGGACAUGAGCCCCUCUCCCUCUGUCCCCUCAUCAGUUGAAUAUGUGAAGGCGGCAGAUAUCAAAGUCAUCGCUGCCUUGGGGGAUUCUCUGACAACAGCCAUAGGUGCAAACGCCACCACUGUCCUCGGGAUUCCUACCGAGUUCCGUCAGGUGUCGUGGAGUAUCGGCGGCUACGGAUCAUUUCAGGAUGUCAUUACUUUGGCAAACAUCAUCAAGCUUUUCAAUCCCAAUCUGGUUGGCGCAGCUCCCGGCAAGACGGUGCAUGGGAUGCAGGCUCACAUCAGUGCAACGGGCUUCAACCUGGCCGUGACUGGACACAACACCUUCAAUCUCCCCGGCCAGACGAGAUAUUUGAUUGACACACUGAGAAGUUAUGAGGGUCUGAACUUCGAGGAGGACUGGAAGCUUUUGACCAUUCUCAUGGGCAUGAAUGACAUCUGCGAUUACUGCAAAGACAAGGCUCUUUUCUCAGUGGACAACUUCAUUCACUAUAUGACCGUCUCCUUGGAAAUGCUUAUGAAUGAGGUGCCUCGUAUGAUCGUGAACGUGGUUCAGAUCCUGCCCAUGCAGACGCUGAGGGAGGUGCAGAAGCCCACCCCCGGGUGCCUGCUGCAGCGGUCUUUCUGUUCGUGCCUGAUCGAGCCAGUCGCCAGGUCUCCAGAACUACGGGAGCUGGUGGAGGUCAAUCUGGAGUUCCAGAAAAGACUGGAGGAGCUGCUGGACAGCGACCGUUUCUUCAGGGACGACUUCGCUGUUGUUCUCCAGCCGUUCCUCAAACACGCCGACCCUCCCCGCCUCCCGAACGGGAAGAUCGACAUGACCUUCUUCACUCACGACUGCUUCCACUUCACCAUUAAGGGACACGAGGAGCUGGCCAAGGGACUGUGGAACAACAUGUUUCAGCCUGAGGGAGGGAAGAUGAUCGUGAGCAGUUUCUCCGACCCCAUCAGUCUCAUCUGUCCACCGAGGGAGCACCCGUACAUCUUCACACGACCAAUUGCAGCCAGGUCUGGCCGGCCUCUUCCUCAGUCAUCAGUCGUCUUGCUGCUCUCGCUACUUGUGGGUUUUGGACGUCUUGGACUUGUGUGACAUCCACUUGGCUCUUGUCAUGUGCACGUCUCUGCUCCACUGUCCAGGUGAUCGCCCACAGUGGCUCACAUGCAGAGGAGAGUCAGUGGGCCGCUCUUUGCAACAUUGCAUGUCUGUGGCCCCGAAAACCAGCACAGAGAAACGACUGCAGUGUUUGAGAUCUGGAAAAAGUCCCUGUAGAUACUGUGCCAGUGAAUCCUGCAUCCUAAAUAUUUCAUUCUUAGACGCAGAUGGAGUGAAGAGUUUUUACUUGUUGUUGUUCAGCGGCUUUUUAGUAGAAAGUUUUCUAUUUUGCUUUUUAAAUUUGAAUCUAACAUGACUGCACCCGGAUGAUUUACAGUAUCGCUUACACAAACUGCGGGAACGGGAGAAUGAUCCAUGUUUCAUUCCACACUUAUAAUCAUAAUAAUCUACUGCAGGUGUCUCGCCCGGUGCAGAUUUAACUUUACCGUAUCACUCGAUAAAUAUUAAAUGCAGAUGUUGUAAUCAGUCAAAAAGAACAAGUUAUGAUUUUCUUGCAUUGUUCACGUGACAUUUAUACAUUCAUACAUAAAACAUUAAACUAAUUCGACUUUGCCCAAAAGUGAAGUGAGUGUAUGUUUAAUCCAUGAAAGUGUUUUCUUGGAUACUUACUCUCUGUCUCAGUAGCAAGACAGAAACCUUUGUGAUAUUGC